AUGGCGACGAUCACUUUAACGCUCAUAUCAACCAUGGCUCAUGUUGACGAUACGGUCGUUUUUGAACGGAUGUUAAAAAAUUGCUAUGGAUCGUUGGACGGGUUCUUGGAGGACUUCCGUGAAUUCCAAGGAGAUACUUGCACUUCCGUCUACAUUUAUGCGUCAAUGACAGCCAAACAACUGAUACGGGAAAGAAAGUUUUAUCGGAAACUGACUCUUCCUGAGGUUUUUCCGUACUAUUUCAUCAAAUAUUGCUGUGUACAUCACAGAAGGCGCGGUGCAACUGCAACCAGGCUGCAGAAUAUCGAUUGUCCGGCAUUCGUUGGAAUUCGCGCGGUUGGGAGGGAGUACAGAGUGAUGAAACGUUAUCUGGUGCACAACCAUGACUUCCAUGUGCGUCAGCGGGGUCUGUAUACAAGUAAUCGUCGUCUCUCUGGAGAACAGGAAGAGGAAGUGAGUACUUUGAUGGACGAUCUUAGAAGUACUCGCGAGCUAAGGGAUGUCGCCACACACAUGUUCCGGAGAUCGUAA